UUAGUGGAGUGUGGGGGCACCAUCAAGGAGGAGCCUUCCGGUCGUAUUCUGUCUCCAGGAUACCCGGCUCCAUACGAGCACAACUUGCACUGUGUUUGGACCAUCGAAGCUGCUCCAGGAAGCACCAUCAGUCUGCAUUUUCUGGUCUUCCACACGGAGGAGGUCCACGAUGUGCUUCGGAUCUGGGACGGUCCACAGGACGGGGGAGUCCUGCUGAGGGAGCUGAGUGGGUCGGCGUUGCCCCCGGACACUCACAGCACCUUUAACACGAUCACUUUGCAAUUCACCACGGACUUUUUUACCAGCAAGCAAGGCUUUGCUUUGCAGUUUUCUGUCUCUACGGCGACCUCCUGCAAUGACCCGGGCAUGCCCACUAACGGCACCCGCGGCGGCGACAGCCGGGAGCCCGGGGACCACGUGGUGUUCCAGUGUGAUCCCGGCUACGUCCUGCAGGGGGCCACCAGAAUCACGUGCACAGAGAUCAAUGGUCGCUUCUUCUGGCAGCCAGACCCCCCAACAUGCACAGCUCCGUGUGGUGGGAACCUAACCGGUCCAAGUGGGCUGAUUCUGUCUCCAGACUAUCCUGAACCUUACCCACAUGGAAGAGAGUGUGACUGGAGAGUUACCGUCACACAGGACUAUGUCAUUUCGCUCAGCUUUAACCAUUUCAGCCUGGAGCCCAGUUAUGACUUCUUGCAUAUCUAUGAUGGGCCAGACUCCCUGAGCCCCUUGUUGGGUAGUUUCUAUGGCACCGAUGUUCCAGAUCGCAUCGAGAGCAGCUCCAACACGCUCUUCAUGGCAUUCCGCAGCGACGCCUCCCUCAGCAGCAACGGAUUUGUGCUGCAGUAUACAGAAAACCCCAGGGAAUCUUGCUUCGAACCUGGCCUGGUUCGUAACGGGACACGGGUGGGCACCGAUCUCAAGCUGGGCUCCACUGUCACCUACCACUGCGACAGCGGCUACACACUGGAGGGAGACCCGACGCUCACUUGCAUCAUGGGGGGAGACGGCAAGCCGAGCUGGAACAAGCCCAAACCCAUCUGCAUGGCGCCAUGUGGUGGACAGUACUCCGGAUUAGAGGGAGUAGUCUUGUCCCCCGGUUUCCCUGGCAACUAUACCAGUGCUCGAACCUGUUUGUACUCUGUAGUCGUGCCCAAGGAUUAUGUGGUGUUCAGCCAGUUCGCCUUCUUCCAGACUGCUCUGAAUGACAUAGUGGAGGUUUAUGAUGGACCAACACAACAUUCCCGGGUUCUCAGCUCACUUUCUGGAGCGCACACAGGUGAGUCGUUGCCGUUAGCGACCUCCAAUCAAAUCCUGAUCCGCUUUACAGCUAAAGGCCAAUCCAGCUCCAGAGGAUUCCAUCUGGUCUAUCAGGCGGUACCAAGGACCAGCGCCACCCAAUGCAGUUCAGUCCCUGAGCCACGGAACGGUCGGCGCAUGGGCAACAACUUUGCCGUUGGCGCGGUGGUCCGCUUUGAGUGCAGCCCUGGCUACAUCCUGGAGGGAUCGAGUGCCAUUGAAUGCUUAACAGUCCCCAAUGCCCUGGCACAGUGGAACAGCUCCAUACCCAGCUGCAUCGUUCCAUGCGGAGGUAAUCUGACCCAUCGGACUGGCACCAUCUUAUCUCCAGGCUACCCUGAACCUUACCUCAACAGCCUGAACUGUGUGUGGAAGAUUACUGUUCCUGAAGGAUCGGGGAUCCAGAUCCAAGUAAUCAGCUUUGUCACGGAGCAGAACUGGGACUCACUGGAGGUGUUUGAUGGAGGCGACAACACUGACACACUCCUGGGCAGCUUCUCAGGUACAACGGUCCCCGCUCUCCUCAACAGCACCUCAAACCAACUCUACCUUCACUUCUUCUCCGAUAUUAGCGUGUCCGCUGCCGGAUUCAGGCUGGAAUACAAAACCGUCUCUCUGACCAGCUGCCCAGAACCUGUAGUUCCCAUGAAUGGCAUCAAGAUCGGGGAGCGUCUUCAGAUGAAUAAUGUGGUGUCUUUUCACUGUGAACCCGGCUAUACUCUCCAGGGGAAUUCUCACAUCACCUGCAUGCCUGGAACCGUCAGACGGUGGAACUAUCCUCCUCCUCUCUGUAUUGCACAAUGUGGUGGAAUCCGGGAGGAGAUGGAGGGAAUGAUUCUCAGUCCUGGUUUCCCUGGCAACUACCCUAGCAACAGUGAUUGCACCUGGAGAAUAUACCUGCCAGUCGGUUAUGGAGCCCACGUACAGUUCCUUAACUUCUCAACGGAGGCCAACCACGACUUCCUAGAGAUACGGAACGGGCCUCUUGAUACCAGUGCUGUGAUUGGUCGAUUCAGCGGCCAGGACGUCCCGUCACCUCUUCUCACUACCUCCCACGAGACCACAGUUUAUUUCCACAGUGACCACUCGCAGAACAAACCAGGUUUCAGGUUCGAGUAUCAAGCAUAUGAGCUACAGGAAUGCCCAGAUCCAGAACCUUUCCGUUAUGGAGUGGUGGUCGGCGCAGGCUAUAAUGUGGGCCAGUCCAUUUCCUUCGAGUGUCUGCCUGGAUAUCAACUGAUGGGACAUUCCAUCCUCACCUGUGAGCACGGCACCACCCGCAACUGGGACCACCCGUUUCCUCGCUGCGAAGUGCCUUGUGGUGGCAACAUCACAUCAGACAACGGGACCAUCUUCUCCCCGGGAUACCCAGAGGAGUACCCGAACUCAGCUGACUGCACCUGGCUCAUUUCAGUGGCUCCUAGCUUUGGAAUCAAACUCAAUUUCACUCUGCUUCAGGUUCAUGGGCCGCAUGACUUCAUAACUGUCUGGGACGGCCCGCAGGAGACGACUCGAAAACUAGGCGUCUUCACGGACGGAGAGCCUAAUGACCCACCCAGUAGCACGUCCAAUCAGGUGCUGAUACGAUUCCGCAGCAACACGGAGAAGGGCGGGUUGUUCCGUAUUGGCUAUCAAGCUUACAGACUUCAGUACUGCCUGCCUCCGCCCAUCAUUCCUAAUGCAGAGAUCCUGAUGGCAAGCAAGGAAUUCAAAAUUGGUGAUAUAGUUCGCUACAGAUGUCUCCCAGGCUACCAGUUAAGUGGAAAUAGCAUCCUGACAUGUCGACUAGGAACACACUUAGAGUUUGAAGGCCCCCCACCGUCAUGUGACGUGACGUGUCCGAUGAAUGAGGUGCUGACGGCUUCCACGGGCGUCAUUAUGAGCCAGUCGCCAGGCACCGGCUUCCCCCAUUUCGAGUCUUGCUCCUGGGUUGUUAAAGUGGAGCCCGGCUACAACAUUACCUUCACUAUCGAACACUUUCAAACCAGCCGUCAGUUUGACGAGCUCGAGGUCUUUGACGGUCCAUCCAGACAGAGCCCGCUUCUCAUUACCCUCAGUGGUAAUUAUUCCAGCCCGCUGAGCAUCACAAGCUCCAGUAACAAAGUCUACCUGCACUGGUCUUUUGAUCACACCACCAGCCACAAAGGCUUCCGCAUCCGCUACUCAGCGCCCUACUGCAGCCCUCCAAAUAACCCAGUAAAUGGCACAGUGCACAGCCUGACCGGGUCCAAGCUGGGUAGUACUUUACGCUUCAACUGCGACCAUGGCUUUCGACUUAUUGGUCAGACCAGCGCCACAUGCACCCGGACAGCGCAGGGGAUCCAUCAGUGGAAUGCCCCAGUACCUCUUUGUCAAGUCAUGUCCUGUGGAAUGCCUGUUGCCCCCGUCAACGGCAGCAUUGUUGGCCAAGACUUCUCUCUUGGGGCCAGGGUCACUUACCAAUGUAAUCCAGGGUUUCGGCUUGCUGGUCCUCUCACCACCUCAGUGGUCUGUCAAGAAUCUGGGCGGUGGAGCCCCAUCGAGGCCCCUCCAAGAUGCGUUCCGGUCACCUGCGCCGACAUCAGCCACUCUGCUGUGGAGCACGGAAGAUGGAGACUAAUCUACGGCACUCAAAACCAAUAUGAUGCCAUAAUGAUGCUCGUAUGUGACCCGGGAUAUUACUACAGGGGUCAAAGGAUCAUUCGCUGCCAAGCAAAUGGCACCUGGAAUUACCCUGAUCCUCGCCCGGUCUGUGACAUUAUUUCCUGUGGAGAUCUUGGCACUCCUCCAAAUGGUCAUAAAAUAGGAACUUUGACUGUAUAUGGAGCCACAGCCAUUUUCUCCUGCAACACAGGAUAUACCCUAGUGGGCUCUCGGGUCCGAGAGUGCAUGUCCAAUGGGCUUUGGAGCGGAACACAAGUUCAAUGUCUAGCUGGCCAUUGUGGCACUCCAGACCCAAUAGUCAAUGGGCAAAUAAUUGGGGAGAACUUCAACUUUCGAGGAAGCGUCGUGUACCAAUGUAACCCAGGGUUUCGUCUUAUUGGUGUGUCAGUGCGAAUAUGCGAGCAGGAUCACCGCUGGUCAGGAAACACCCCCGUUUGCGUUCCCAUCACAUGCGGCCACCCUGGAAAUCCUACAUUUGGCACAACCCAAGGAACCCAGUUCAACUUAAAUGACGUUGUGCGUUUUGUCUGCAAUACUGGAUAUGUUCUGCACGGGGCUGUUAAAUCUACAUGCCAGGCCAAUGGACAGUGGAACAAUGCCCUACCACGGUGUAAAAUUGUAAACUGCACAGAGCCCGGCCAUGUAGAGUACAGCAUUAGGCAGGUAUUAUCCAGCGGGCCCCAUCGGUACAGCUUCCAGACCGUGGUGACGUACCGCUGUAACCCUGGCUAUUAUCUCCUGGGAACCAGCUCCAUCUCCUGCCAAGGGGACGGCACCUGGGACCGCUCCUUACCCAAAUGCCUGUUGGUUCUUUGCGACCGUCCCAGCAUGCCUCCCUACGCGCAGAUCUCAGGUGACCGUCGAACAGUGGGCUCGGUCAUCCGCUACAGCUGCAUGGGCCAGCGUGGCAUCGUCGGAAACACCACGAGAAUGUGUCAGCUGGACGGGCAGUGGAGCGGCUCGCCACCGCACUGCUCUGGGGAAUCAAAUGGUCUGUGUGGAGAUCCAGGCGUACCUGUCCACGGCAUUCGUCUUGGAGAUGAAUUUACCGUGAGCAGUGUUGUACGUUUCAGCUGCGAACCUGGUUACGUCCUAAAGGGGUCACCAGAGAGAACAUGUUUUUCCAACGGUACCUGGAUGGGAACACAACCGGAGUGUCAUGUAAUUUCCUGUGGAAACCCAGGAACUCCACGAAAUGCCCAGAUCCUUGUUCACGACGGACUGACUUUUUCCAGAUCCAUCACUUACAGCUGCAGGGAAGGGUACUACUCUACUGGACUGCUUACCCGACACUGCACUGUGAAUGGGACCUGGACGGGCAACAUGCCAGAGUGCUCAGUAAUCAACUGUGGUGAUCCCGGAGUGCCAGCCAAUGGAGUUAGAUUUGGGAAUGAUUUCACCUACAACCGAACCGUCGCUUUCCAGUGUUCUCCUGGAUACACCAUGGAUGCUGACAGAGCCUCUUCUCUCAUCUGCACCAAGGAUCGGACCUGGAAUGGCACCAAGCCGCUCUGUAAAGCAAUUGUUUGUGGUCCACCACCGCUCAUCCCAAACGGACAGGUUGUGGGUUCAGACCUAACCUGGGGCUCGAGCAUAAGUUACUCCUGCAACCAAGGCUAUCAGCUGUCCCUGCCCACUGUGUUAACAUGCCAGGGCAACGGCAACUGGAGCGGCGAGAAACCACAGUGUUUCCCUGUAUUCUGUGGAGACCCAGGAAUGCCAGAUCAAGGCAGAAGGGAGGACCGCGGUUUCACCUAUCUUUCAUCUGUCUCGUUCUCUUGCAAUCCUCCCCUCAUCUUGGUUGGCUCGGCCAGGAGGUACUGCCAGUACGAUGGCACUUGGAGCGGCACACAGCCCUCCUGCAUAGAUCCGAGUCACACAACCUGUGGUGACCCUGGCAUUCCACUCUUUGGAAAUCAGAACAACAGCCAAGGCUAUCAGAUUGGCAGCACUGUGUUCUUUAACUGCAGAAAGGGCUACCUACUGCAGGGCUCUAUUUCGCGCACAUGUCUGCCCAACCUGACCUGGAGUGGAUUUCAACCCGAGUGCAUCUCCCACCACUGCAGCCAGCCAGAGCUACCUGCUCAGUCUGAUGUUCGAGCCAUUGAACUGCCAUCCCUUGGCUACACACUGAUCUAUACAUGUCAGCCUGGCUUCUACUUGGCUGGGGGUUCAGAACACAGAACCUGCAGGUCCGACGGUAGCUGGUCAGGGAAACCACCACUGUGUGCAGCUGAUAAUCGGCCAAGUGGUAGAAUCCCAGUGGGCACUGUACAGGAGCCUCCAUCUAAACUGCCAGUCCCUGGUGGUGUGUUUGCUAAAAACUCCCUCUGGAGGGGUUCCUAUGAGUACCUGGGAAAGAAGCAGCCAGCCAUGCUUAGCAUCACUGCCUUUGAACCUUUUAGCAACCGAGUUAAUGGGACACUGAUCGACCACAGCGGGGUUGAGCUUAAAUUAGCAGGAACGUAUAAGAGGGAGGAAGCUCAGCUGCUUCUACAAGUUCACCAGAUCAGAGGUCCUGUGGAGAUCUUUGUGAACAAGUUUAAAAUAGACAACUGGGCCCUGGACGGACAUGUGUCCUACAUCUCCUCGUCCAAUGCUUUUGUGUACCAGGGAUUUGUCAGAGGAAAAGGCUUUGGCCAAUUUGGUCUCCAAAGAUUGGAGAGUUUAGAUCCCAGUAGAGCCAACCCUGGCUACAACUUUGCCUCCAACAGCAGUUCAGUGGCAGCUGCCAUUCUAGUGCCUUUUAUAGCAAUGAUCAUUGCAGGCUUCGCUCUUUAUCUCUAUAAACACAGAAGAAGACCCAAAGUUCCCUUCAACGGUUACGUGGGCCACGAGAACACAAACGGUCGGGCUACAUUCGAGAACCCCAUGUACGACCGCAACAUCCAACCCACUGACAUCAUGGCCAACGAGACAGAGUUCACAGUCAGCACAGUGUGCACCGCUGUAUAGCAACACCAUCCUUCAGAGUCAGUCGAAGGAAGGAAAGGUGCGCCCCAACCUCCGCUGGCUGCCGGCAGAGGACACCUGUAAUUCCUUGUGCAGAUGGCGAGAAAAAGAUUAUUUUAUUUGCUGAAAUACCUUCAAGUAACAUCUCCAGUCGAGGAGCCUCGCACCUGCAGGAAACAAGAAAAAAAAAAAAAAGAGACUAAUACGAGAGCAACAACUUUUUUUUCCUUUUUUUUUUUUUUAAUCAAAAAGGUCAACGUGAAACGGCUCUCUGUAACUUUACAUGGUUUCUUGAUCAUGUUCCAUAUUCUAAGGAAAAAGCUUCCAUCUGAACCUGCAGCCGGUAGGAGUACUGCUGGAGGCAAAGCUGUGAUGACUUUUCUCACCGCUCUUCGCCUAAACCCAAAGGGAAGUUUGUGUAAGUCAUAAAAUGUACCUGUAGCUUACAAAAAAAAAACAACAAAAAAAAAACUCUGUGCACUGUGUGGUGGGCAGCCACGUGUCGGUCGGUCGGUGUGUAUGAUGCUAAGAGAAACUCUCUGAACUGUUGAAAUUCAUCCGUUCCGUUUUCACUUUGUAUUUUGUUUUCACUGUUUGUUUUUUCUGCGUUUCUUUCUUGUGUUUUAUGCUGCCAGCUUUCUCAGAUGAGUAAUUGGGAACGCCGUUAUCUGUCAGAUCUCUGCUAUUUGAGGCUGUCAUAAGGUUCCAUGGGAAGGCUGCAGGUUUAAAGAUGUAGUUUUCAAUUCCAUGUCGAAAACAUACUCUUAUCACUAUUUUGUGUGCUUUUCCUCCUAUUUUUCUUUUCCUGCGGCUGAAGAAAAGGUUAAAAGGUUGCUAGGUGUUUGGAAUAAACAGUAGAGAGUAGAGCACCUGUGUGACUGCUAUAGAUGUUGCGUAGAUGUCUACGCAUUUGUGGUUUUAACCAAAAACGUGAUGUUUUUUGUUGUUUUGAUAGCAUUUCAUUUGGUUUCCGGAAGGCUAACGAUCAGAAAGCAACGGUGCAUAAAUCUAACCCAUCAAGUGAAGGUAGAGUGAAACAAAAGAACUGAGAAUCUAAUGUUCAGUCAGCAGCAGCAUUUACUUUUCUAUUUUUAGUUUGUUCCUGGUUCAAACACAUUUAUAUUACAAUGUUGUGUCUGAAGACUCAUUAGGUGUCAAACAAGCCGAAGUUAUCUUGAGAAGUCAAAGAUGAUCCCUCUCUCAAAUGGGGGACAGAAUGUGUGAUGCAUUUCCAUGGACAUAAGUCUUUUAGGGACAUUACAUCUUUCAUUUUCCCUCUCAUCCACAUCUCAGGGCGAAGCUGCAGCAUCAACUCAUGGCUCAUUCUGCUAUGAAUAGUGGAUUUCAGAAGUAUAAAAAAAUACUUCCACCUUUUUUCUUUAAAGCCAAGAUCAGAAUCAGAUUAUUUUCUGUCAUAAAUUUGGCGCUACUUGUGUUUAUGAAUAAAGGGACAGUUUUUAGGCAAAAUUCUGGGGAAAAUGUGUUGGCAUUAUUAGCUCAUUUAUCUGUAGUAAGUUUUUACAGAAGUGAGGAAACUAUUAGCACAGUAAGUAGCUAAGAGCUAGUAAAAAGGGAGCCCUAUUUGGCUGAUUUUGGCAACUUAAAAUUUUUUUAUAGCCAUUGCAUAUAGCACAUUAUUAGCAGAUAUCAAAAAGCUACACUUUCACAAAUGUCACUGCACAAGAGCUUUGAGAGUUGAAGAACUUCCUUUAUUCUGAACUAAUGUUGUACUGCGACACGCUGCCGGCUGUAUUGAUCCAUUUCAUCAGCUACGAUUGGUCAGCCUGCUGUACCAUGAGGGCAGUAAACUUUUGGAUGAUUCAACAGGCUGUCGUUUCUCCAAAGGCAUGAAGGUGGUAUGCUUACAUGUUCUGUUUGGAAAUUACCCUGUGGACUCACAGCCAUCUGAACAGCUGGUAUCCUCUACUGACCUAACUUUAGCAUAGCAACACAGAAAUUGUUUGACUGAGAAAUCGGCAACAAGCAUAGGGUGUAUUGCCACCAGCCUUGUGUAGUUCUCUUUAAUUGAACUCCAUUUCAUUUGCCUAUAAAUUCCAUUUUGUUUGGAGAGGUGUGAUCUAAUGCGAUGUAAAAACAGCAAACUCUGGUUUGCCUAAGGUCCUGGGUCUCGGUUUGUUUGGUUGAAGUGAACUCUAUCGCAGUUUGAAUGCAUAUGUGGACGCAAGCGGACCGGAGACCGUUCCAAAAAACAGACAGUGGACUAUAGUGCAGUGCAUUCUGGGUGAAUACAACCAAAACAAGCGUGUCUAGCGCUAGAAGUAGAAAUGGCUCAUCGUCAUUUACCAAACACGAACAACAAGAAAUCCUACAACCGCUAAUAUCUGAAGCUACUCCAUUUUUGUUUAAAUUUUGCGAAGGAGGAAGUUGCCCUUGGUGUGUUUUUCAGUGUUUUUUUUUUUUGUUUGUUUGUUUUUUUUGUAGUUCAAGGGGCAGCGCCUCCACAGGCGGGGGAGGGAACAGGUUUUUCAGAGCUUGGAUCGUUUAACAUAGUGCAGUGUGAAAGCGAACCACACCAGCUGAAAAUGUAAUAAAUAUUGCAGUUUUGUUCCCGAAUAGAACAAAGUCUCCCAGUCUAUCAGUAGAGAAAACCCUCUAAUCUGUCUUAUAAAAGUUUAGCUGGGUUAUAUGCACUCAGAUGGUGUUUUAUCUAGCAGAUGUAUCAAAUUGAUUAAAUCAGCUAAAAUGGGGGUUCCAGCUGUUUAUCCGCAAUUCCUUCACUUUUCCACAAUUUUGUUGCAACAUUUAAUCUUCCACUAGAGACGAGCGAACUAAUUGUGAAAAACACUUUACAGAUCCUCCACCAAUAGUAGCUCCUUACACCUGGCCUUUGGAAAAGCAAGAGCAAAAUGCGAAAUUUGUUCAAGAUGUUCAAAUGAAGGCGUCAGAGUUUGAAGCGCGGAUGAGUCAUCGUGGCGUUCCCUGUGGAUUUACGCUCGGGUCUUUUCCCUCCAAGUUAACUUCUGACGGCAACAUCCUUUGAAAGAAGAAGAGUGUUUCAAUUGUUUUGUUUUCUGCUCAUCAUAAAGACGUUGAAGGCUGCGUGCCUGGAGGCUGUGACAGCGGGGGAGUCGCUGGCAUACUGAUUACUGCCGUGCAUUAAAUUGGAAAUGAUAAAUGUGAUAUAGGGGAAAAAAUAGUUUAUGCCUUUAAUGCUAACACUCCUUAUCUGGCACUGCUGGGGGAGAAAAUUACAGAAAAUAUAGUUUGUUUGUUUUUUUUUUUUUUUUUAGUGCAACACACAGCAGAAAUGUCAUCAAAUAUAUCUGUGGGAAUCUGCUUUGUGUGUUCCAGUCUGACCAGAGGAGUUUUAUAUAGACCUGUUAGACCUGAUGAUGGUCAGUGGGGUGAAUAUUGGUUGAAUUUCCUUCAAGGAAGAUUGCUUCCUUCUAAUUUUGCGUUCCAACUCAGAAACCAUUAAACUGGUAAAAUUCUUGACCACAUAUUUAUUUUCAGAAUAGGGUAUCAAAGCACCUAAAAAGCAGAAUGAAACAUCUACACCGAUUCUUUUCUUUUUUUUUUUCCUGGGCAUUGUUACAAAUAAGGAAAAUUAAAAAAAAAAACAAAAAAAAAAUCACACAGACUGCUUUUUUUUUUUUUUUUUUACCUAGAAAUCAAGUCUCUUGAAACCAAUCAUUGCAUUGUUCCCUCAGUCAUUUUCACCGUGCUUCAGUAAUUGCUUUGACAAUUUCAUUACUUUUAAGACUCUCGUUUAUCUCGACCGUUCCAGUGGAAUAUUUGGCCGUUUUCCUCCUCCGGAGUUUGAGCGAUAGCAAAGGAAGCGAUUGAAUUACCCUGGAGAUUUCACGGAGAGACGAGCGGUUACACUCGUAUAAUCCCAAAGACUCCCCGUGCUGAGCUCUCAUAGUUUCGUGCCGCAGUUGCAUGGUGCAUUACGUUUACUUUGGCUCCGAAGCCGCUCUCAAACAUCUCGGCUGAAAUUAUGGCUUUAUUACAUAUCUGUUUGGGGCUCUUUGGGGGGGAGCCUUUCCCCUCAAUUUGCUCUACAAUGGCCACUUUUUUACACAUUUCUUUAAAACGGUUGAACUGAUUUAGGUAACUGUAUUAUCACUGCUAAUUUCCCUACAUGAAGUCGAAUCUGUUUAGGCAUGUGAUUCAACAAAUACGACCCAAAGAGGAUCUCAUAUGAACGAUUGUAAUAAGAGGGGCUCAUUCUAAGAAAAUUAGGAAAAUGGUCAUGAAAAUGGCCAAAUUUUUACUCUCUCCAUGAUUUUUAUCUGCUCCAGUCUGCAAUAAGCACUUUAUGUUCAUUAUAGUGCCUUGCCGUGACUCAGAUGAUCACUCUUCAGCUUGUGCAGUUCUUUGUGGUCAAUAAAUUUUAACCGUCCUCACUACAGUUUUGGGGUCAACUUAUCAUCUUCAGAUAUUGCAGACUGGAGUCCUUCAGUCACUCCCCGAUUAUCUCCCUGGCUGAGUGGCUCCGACUGAUACAGAAAAACUCCUCAAGCACCGAAGAGAUUGUGAGCUGUAGUUUUUGAUCUUACCGAGAGGGGGUAAAAAAAAAAAAAAAAAACUCUGAAGAUGUCAGAGUAGAGAUUCAUUUCACUUUAUUAUCUCUGUAACUUUGGUGUGUGAGGAUUAUUAUCCACAAAUCUGUCUACUUGCCUAAAUAGUUGGUCAAUUUUUAAAGCCACGUUUUCCGUUGAUGGUUUAAAGGCUGUUUUAUUAGUCAAAGGGUAAAAAAAUAUCCAGUCAUCCAAUUAAAAAGAUUAAAAAAAAUAAAGUAGUUAUUAAAAACUAAAUUUCUUGAAACAAUAUACGGGUAAAUAUGGACAAAUCUUCAUUUUGACUUAAUAUUCAAAUCUGUGGAGGUGUUUCCCUUAGCCCAAAACCUGCUCACUGCGUCACAGUCCUAUGAAAAUGGAGAUCAGUGGAUGUCAGAUUGAGCGGUGCUGCAACAGUUAGAACUGAGCCCUCCUUGAUAGCAGCUGGCGAAUUUGUGCUGCUGCUUCUUCUUUUUCUUCCUUUUUUUUUUUUUUGCAUAUUUUAAAUCACUAACUCUGUUCAUUCUGGCUCAUUUUUUGUUAUCAGCCCCACACAGCUCUGAGUUCCCCCCCCUCCUGCUCACCAUCUCCUCCAUAAUGUAACGCGCCACAGCUAUGGUCUUUUGAGUUCACCGAGUUUCCUCUCAGUCAGGGACCAGACCAAAAGCCUCCCACUUCUCCCUCUGUAGCGAGAGCACCGACUUUCCAGCACAGGCCACACUCUGCAUGUAGUGGGGGGGAUAAAAACAAGCAAUCCAUCAGUUAUGCUGAGUGACACUUUCUGCAGCAGCUAUCAUUUAUAAUCUCCCAUCUUUCACUGUCAUCCCAUAUUGAUGAAUCCAAAAGCUCAGCAGCUUGCCUUUAGCCUUCAGUGAAAACCCAAGUUCAUUUCGGUGAAAUGAAAAAUCUUUGAAAUGUUUGCUUAUUUUCUUAAUUCGGUUCAAAAGCUAGACUUCAUACAUUCAAUAUAUGGAUUCAUUGCACUCAGUCGUGUAUUGCAAGCAUUUAUUUAAUUGUGAUGAUUAUGGCUUACGGUACAUUAAAACCAAACAUUUAGGGUUUUUUUUUUAGGACAUUCAAAUAUUGCCGAAACGUUGACCUACUUAAACGUGAAUUCAUUUAAGAAUUAACCUGGCCUCCUGGAAUAAAUGUUGCGGAGGUGUAAUGUCCAAGGCUUGUGAAUCUCCCACAAACUUGAAUGGACUUCAAGAGUCCACAGUCCACUCCAAGACUGCAGCUUUCCCUGCUGCGUGCGCGCCCUUUUCUGACAGAUGUUUUCCAUCCACUUAACUUUCCGAUGAAAUGCGUGGAUACGGCACUCUAAAACAGCAUCUUUGCAAUCCUUGUGGUGAGUGUCACUGAGUUUCUGCUGGACAUCUGCCAAGUCAGCAGCCUUUCCCAUGAUUGUGUAGGUCAAAACGUGCAUUUUUU